AUGAAACCCAAAACCCACAUAUUUAAUCACCCAAUAAUCCAAUCAUUACAAAAAUGCAAAAACUUCAAUUCCCUUAAACAAAUUCAUGCCCAAAUUAUAACAACUUCUCUUUCAUUUCAAACCUAUUGUCUUAGUCACCUCAUUAACAUAACCUCAAAAUUCGAUUUAACCUAUGCUUUAACUAUCUUUAAUUAUAUCCCAAACCCAACAAUUUUUCUCUAUAAUACACUCAUUUCAUCAUUGAUUAAUCAAAGUAGUGAAAAUAAUAUCCAUUUAGCAUUCACACUUUAUAACAAAAUUCUUACACAUCAAAAUCUUCAACCUAAUAGUUUCACUUUUCCUUCACUUUUCAAGGCUUGUUGUUUUAACCCAUCAUUGUUUCAAUAUGGUCCAUUACUUCACACACAUGUUUUGAAAUUUUUGUUACCACCUUUUGAUAAUUUUGUUCAAGCUUCAUUGCUUAAUUUCUAUGCAAAAUAUGGGAAAUUGUGUGUUUCUAGAUAUAUAUUUGAUCAAAUUAAUCAACCUGAUUUGGCCACGUGGAAUAUUAUUUUGGGUGCUUAUGCAAAUAAUGUGAAUUAUCAUAGUUACUCAAAUAGUUUUGAUGAUGCUAAUUUUUCAUUUGAGGCAUUGUAUUUGUUUAAUGAUAUGCAAGUGGCUCAAAUUAGACCUAAUGAAGUUACAUUUGUUGCAUUGAUUAGAGCAUGUUCUAAUUUAGGUGCUCUUAGUCAAGGAUUUUGGGUUCAUUGUUUUGUGUUAAGGAAUAAGAUUAACGUUAAUAGGUUUCUUGGAACUGCAUUGGUUUAUAUGUAUUCAAAAUGUGGAUGUUUGAAUCUUGCAUGUCAACUGUUUGAUAAAAUGCCUGAAAAUGAUAGGGAUGCAUUUUGUUAUACUGCGAUGAUUGGGGGUUUUGCUAUUCAUGGUUAUGGGAAUCAGGCUCUUGAACUUUAUCGAAAGAUGAAGUUUAAGGGUUUAGUUCCUGAUGAUGCAACUUUUGUGGUUACUAUGUUUGCAUGCUCUCAUGGUGGAUUAGUGGAGGAAGGGUUGGAGAUUUUUGAGUCGAUGAAGGAGGUUCAUGGUGUGCAACCGAAACUCGAGCAUUACGGAUGCUUGAUUGAUCUUCUGGGUCGAGCUGGGCGGUUAAAGGAAGCAGAGGAACGGUUACAAGGUAUGGCGAUGAAACCAAAUGCGGUAUUAUGGAGGUCUUUACUUGGUGCCGCAAGACUUCAUGGAAAUGUAGAUGUUGGAGAAGUUGCUCUUAAAAAGUUAAUAGAAUUGGAGCCAGAAACUAGUGGAAACUAUGUGCUUUUGUCGAAUAUGUAUGCUAUUGUUGGUAGGUGGAACGAUGUUAAGAGAGUGAGGACGCUGAUGAAACAUCAUGGUGUUAACAAGUUACCGGGUUUUAGCUUAGUGGAGAUAAAUGGUGCAAUGCAUGAGUUUCUUACAGGUGACAAAACUCAUCCAUUUUCAAAAGAAAUAUAUUUGAAGAUUGCUGAGAUUAAUAGAAAACUACAAGAAUAUGGUCACAAUGCAAGAACUGCAGAGGUUUUGUUUGAUGUGGAAGACGAAGAUAAGGAAGGGGUACUUUCUUACCAUAGUGAAAGGCUUGCAAUAGCAUUUGUUCUUAUAGCAUCUCCUUCAGGUUUAGCUAUAAGAAUUAUUAAAAACCUUCGAGUUUGUGGGGAUUGUCACGCGUUUACCAAGCUAAUAUCAGUGGCGUAUCGUAGAGAGAUUAUAGUUAGAGAUCGAAAUCGGUUUCAUCAUUUUAAAGACGGGAGUUGCUCUUGUCUAGAUUACUGGUGACCAUAUUCACCACACAACAAAGUCAAUACCAGAAUGAAAAUACAUUCAUGUGAAAUUCAUUUUAUUUAUAUACGAUCAUAUAGUUGCAACUUGCAAGAGAAAUUUCCAUAAGCUUAUAUUAAUUGAAGUUUUUUUAUUGUUGUA